AGAGGCGUGGGUCUCUUAAAGCCAACAUGGUGGGCGCUCCAGCAGUGGCCACGAUUGGUGUCCCAGCAGCACUGGGAGCAGCAGGCUUCACUGGAGCUGGAAUUGUGGCUGGCUCUCUGGCUGCAAAAAUGAUGUCGGCAGCGGCCAUCGCCAAUGGUGGAGGAGUAGCAGCUGGGAGCGCUGUUGCCGCACUUCAGUCAGUCGGUGCUGCUGGGCUGUCCACUGCUACCACAGCUGCAGUGACAGCUGGUGGAGCACUGCUGGCUGCCAUCUUCCCUUAAGAAGAAGACACACAUACGCAGAGGCCAUAUCUACUUGGAAAAGCAGUACUUGGAAGAUUAUGCUUUGCCGUCAACAGCAUA